UGAAUAAGAAUUCUAUUAUCAUUAUUAAUUCUGUAAUCAGUGUCAACCCUUUUUGUGUUUGGAUUCUAGCACAUGUAGCAGUACCUAUCAUCACUUCAAUACCCAUUGGAAUACCUCAAAUGCCCAUUAUGGACAGUUCUGGAAAAAUCACACUAUCUCCGAUGGUUAUAUUUCCAGGUUACAUGAAUGGCGAACUUGAAAAAAAAUCAGAUUCCAAAGCCCGGAGUAUAAAACAUGGAGGCACCACAAGGUCUCAGACUAGCCAAGAAGAAAGCAAGGAAGCACUAAAGAAAGAAAUUGCAGUUACAGAUUCUGAUGAACCCUUGAUAACAACACACAAAAAAGAGUCUAAGAGAAAAUUAAAAGACACUGAGCUGAAAAAAGAGGAGAUAGGAAUGGAGGUCAUUGUAGAAAGUGAUGCUGGGAUACAAAAGAGACAAGGAACCCAUGUAAAGAAAAGUGAAGCAAGAGUACCACAGGGGCAGGAACCCCAUGUAAGGAGGAGUGAGGUCAGAGUUCCACAGGGACAGGAACCCCAAGUAAGGAGGAGUCAGGCCCGAGUUCCACAGGGGGAGGAAACCCAAGAAAAGAUUGAUACAGAAAUGCCAGGACAGAAAACCCAAGAAAAGAAGAGUGAGGCUGGAGUACCAGAAGAACAGGAAGCCCAAGUAAAGGAGAAAAAGACUGACACAGAAAUGCCAGACGGACAGGAAACCCUAGAAAAGAGCGAGGCCAGAGUAGUAGAAGGACAGGAAGCCCAAGAAGAGAGUGACACUAAACAACGAAAAGGACAGGAAGUCCAAGGAAAGGCAGACCCAGAAAUACAAGAAGGACAGGAAGCCCAAGAUAAAACGAGGGAGUCCACAGUACGAAAACGACAGGAAGCCCAAGUAAGAAAGAGUAAGACUGGAGUACCAAAAAGACAGGAAACUCAAGAAAAGAAGAGUGAGACUGGAGCACCAAAGGGACAGGAAGCCCAAGAAAAUACUGACGCCGAAAUAUCAAAAGGACAGGAAGCCCAAGGAGAGAAGGAGAAAUCUGAGAGCAAGAAAAAGAAGGACAAAGAUAAGCAAGAUGUAGAAGAUCAAGAUACAAAAGAAAAGGAUGAUAAAAGUGAGAAAAGAGAUAGAAAAAAGGACAGAAUUAAAGAGAAAAAAAAAUCAGAAGCCAGAAGUAAAAAGCAGAAGGCUUAGGAAAGGGCAAAGGCAACUAAAGGAAGAAAGUACAACAAAAGGCAGAAGAGAAAGGGUAAAUAAAAGGAAAGCCCAUAAGACAACUGUCAUUGAGUUACAGCUCCCAGAUA